GCAGAAUCAUACAACAUACAUAGAUUAGCACUAAACGAAUGUAAUUUAGAUUCUAGAAACCCUAAACUCUAAACACAAUAUAUAUAAUAUAUAGGAUCAUCAGAGUGUAUUUGUCCAAAUGGGGGAAAGGUUUCCAAUAAUUAUCUUCCUUGCUUCACAUUUGUUCGUCUCCGGAGUGUUGUCAAGGAGUAUUUUAACGAUAGAGAACAAAUGUGAUCAGACUGUGUGGCCAGUAAUCUACUCAUGGAACUCCCAAAUUACCACCACAGGCUUCGCUCUCAAAACGGGGGAGGUGCGCGAUAUCAACGCGCCUUCCUCGUGGUACGGGAUUAUCUCAGGUAGGACGCUCUGCUCCACGGCCGCAGGGAAUUUCUCUUGCGUAACGGGAGACUGCGAAUCGGGAAAAAUAGAAUGCUCUCUUGAUGAUUACAGUUGGACUCCGGUGACUUACGUCUACUUCAGAUUCGAUAUCAAAGGCGGUUUUGACAGCUACACCGUAAGUGUCGAAUACGGAUAUAAUCUUCCGAUCGUGGUGGUCCCGUCGCAGAAGACUACUAGUACUACUACAUGUAUCCCCGCCGGUUGUGUGGUUGAUCUGAACAAGACUUGUCCAGAGGAUCUCAAGACGUUCUCAGGAGAGAAGCUAGUAGCUUGUAGUAGCUCGUGUCAAGAAUCAGGUGCGCCGGAGAUUUGUUGCACCAAUGAUUAUAAGUCCAAAGAGAAUUGCAAACCGACGACGUACACGAACAACUUCGAGAGCGCGUGUCCAAGUGCUUAUGCCUAUGCUUACGACGACCAUGUCAGUACUUUCACUUGUCCAAACUCAACUGAUUACGUCGUCACGUUUUGCGGUUCUUCGUCGAUUCUCAACAACAACACUAUCAGCAACAACAUAAGCUCAAUGGUUCCUCCAUUAGCUGGGGCGAAACAUCAUUCUCAUCAACGGAAGUUAAAACCCAUACUCGGUGUCUCAGUAACUUUAGUUGUAGUAAUCAUUAUAGUUGUGGCUGCGGUAAUAAUGAACGCAAGGAGCAAGAGAAGAGACAGUCCUUGUAAUGACAACAACAUUGAAGCGGCUGUAAUGUUGAAACGAUAUAGUUAUGAAAACGUCAAGAAGAUGACCAACUCAUUCGCUUAUGUUAUAGGGGAAGGAGGAUUUGGAACUGUCUAUAAAGGAAAAUUACUCGAUGCUAGUGGCCGAGAUAUUGCGUUGAAGAUCUUGAAGGAGUCAAAGGGGAAUGGAGAAGAGUUCAUCAAUGAAUUAGCUAGCAUGAGUAGAGCAUCUCAUGUUAAUAUCGUCUCUCUGUUUGGAUUUUGCUAUGAAGGGAGCAACAAAGCUAUAAUUUACGAGUUCAUGCCAAAUGGAUCGCUUGACAAGUUUAUAUCCAAGAAUAUGCCAACGAAGAUGGACUGGAAAAUUUUAUACAACAUUGCGGUUGGCGUUGCUCGUGGGUUAGAGUACUUGCACAAUAGUUGUGUAUCGAAGAUUGUGCAUUUUGAUAUAAAGCCACAAAAUAUACUGAUGGACGAAGACUUUUGCCCGAAAAUUUCGGAUUUCGGUCUUGCCAAACUUUGCAAAAAGAAAGACAGUGUCAUAUCGUUGCUAGACGCUAGAGGGACCAUUGGGUACAUUGCUCCUGAAGUGUUCUCCAAGAACUUUGGAGGAGUUUCACAUAAGUCGGAUGUGUAUAGUUAUGGAAUGGUGGUUCUUGAGAUGAUUGGGGCAAAGAACAUAAAAAGAGCUGAGUCUACAUCCAAGAAUAUUUCAAUGUACUUCCCUGAUUGGAUCUAUGAAGACCUCGAGAGGAAAGAAACCAUGAAAUAUUUCGGAGAUCAUAUAGUUGAAGAAGAAGAGAAGAUAGUGAAGAAAAUGGCAUUGGUGGGAUUGUGGUGUAUCCAGACCAAUCCAUCUGAUCGUCCUCCAAUGAGAAAAGUCGUUGAAAUGUUGGAGGGAAACCUAGAAGCUCUGCAGGUUCCACCUAAGCCCCUACUGAAUUUACAUGUGGUAACAGCUUGGGAAAGUGUUGAAGAGAGUCAAGAGACUUGUAGUAGUUUCGCGACAACAAACCAGUUAGAGAGAAUAACUCUCUAAGAUACUCUGAUGAAUCUUCUCUUCGAGAUAUAGUCACAAUGGAUUGAAUCAUAGUUUUUGUAAUUGUAAUUGUAUUUUGGUAUGAACCUGUGUAAAACUUUAAAUAGAUGCUAAGAUUAAUCAAAUUCUCACAUAUUGAUAAGA